AUGCCGCCUCCUGUGCGCUACAAGCCGCCUUUGCCGGUUCGUUUCAAGGUUCCGAAGGGCAACAUUGUGCCCCUGGCGCCCAACGAGCCGGACAUCCAGCUGGGAAAGACACUGGUGGCUGCCAAGCCGCAUCGCAUCACUGCAGACCAGAUCGAGCUCGGGCGGCGCACGCUCAGGAGGUUGAUGGGGCGAAAGGGCGACUUCCUUGUCAACGUUCAUGCCACCUACGCCGUCACCCAGAAGCCCCAUGGUGUAAAGAUGGGGCAGGGGAAGGGAAACAUCGAGUACUUCGUGGCCCGCGUCCCUGCAGGGCGGGUGAUGUUCAAGAUACCGUCCAUCAAUCCAUUGCCAGGCUGGGGUGCAAAAACUUGUGUGUAG